UCCUCCUCGGGCUUGCCCUCGCUGUUGUCGUCGUCCGCCGCCGGAGACGCCUGGUUCAUGCUCGCCGGGAUGCUGUGGUGGUCAGCCGGGCUGCCGUCGGCGCUAGCGCCAUGCUGGCCCAGGUCAGAGUCGCUGCCUUCCUCCGAGCGGCUCAGGUUGACUUCGGUGUCCUCGAAGCUCCCCGAGAAGUCCACCAUGAGGCUGGUAGGCCUGGCGCAGCGGGGCCGCCGGUACGAAUCCCGCUUGGUGGCGUCUUUGCUGAGGACAGACGGCACCGGAUCCUCCUGAAGGCGACUCGCCCUGGUGCCCAUCGCUAAAAGCGGGCUAAUGGAGCCUGGCUAGCCGAACAAGCAGACAGCAACACACCGUAACAACGACCUAGACUCGACCCUUUAGCCGCAGCGGAUUCGACCGGAAUGAAGCCGCUGAAUUUGCAAACAAACAUGGCACCCAGGGAGCCCCGGUGGGCCACAAGUGGGACAAGUUUGACCUCCAACUACGUUCCACCGAGUCUGGAGAACAAGCUUCUUACGCAGACUUCCCUCUUGAGUUUUACACCCCAGACGUCCUCGUGUAUCUCCUUGCGUCCUUCCAGCCUGACCUCCACCUCCUCCAACCUCCUCUUGUCAUCCCCACUCUCUUUGCCCCUCAUCAGCACCCAGAACAAGCUCCUCAACUCAUCCCAUGUGACGCAGGCUAACCCUCUGCUCGCCACCUCUAUGGCCCAAAGUGCUCUCCUCUCUCGCUUUUCCCAGCCGCCUUUUUUCGUCCCUUUGGGGGAAGGAGUACAGAGGAGAGACGAUGACGCCAGCGAUGAAACGUCUGAAUCUGAGCAGUCCUCUGUUGAAGAAACGAGCCUGUAUUAUUCUGAUGAAGAUGACCAAAUGCUUGAAGAGGAAAGUGAGGAGGAUGCAUCCUUAGCUAUGGAGGCGGAUAUCCCAGAACUGGUCCACAAAGGCAACCAGAAGGAGAAACCUGUGGUCAGCCAUGAGGAAUUUGCUGAGGUGGUCCGAGCGAAGCGGCAGAUUGAGGAGGAGAUCCAGAAUAAAAAGUAUCGCCUGCUGAAUGCAGUGUGUUGCUCCCUGGUCAAUAAGUGCGACCCCCCGGGUCAGAAGGACUGGGACUCUCAGGAAAGCUUGUGGACCAGAAUCAUAAACAUGGUCAAGGAUAUUUCUGUGUCUGACCCCCAGUUUGUUCUUAAGGUGGCGCUUUAUGCAAGACAGGAGUUAAACAUCCGCAUCACAGCCAACUUCCUGUUGGCUCUGGCUGCCAACCAGUCCACCUCCAAGUGUCACGUCCGCAGAUACUUCUGUGCCAUCAUCCAGCUGCCGUCUGAUUGGUUGGAAGUGAUUCGGAUCUACAAGACGUGCUUCAGCCGCUCGCUGCCCAUGUGUCUGAAGAAGGCCAUGGCUGACAAGUUCAAACAGUUCAGCGAGUAUCAGCUGGCCAAGUACAACACGCGCAAACACCGCUGCAAGCACAACCGCAAUAGAUCCAAAAAAAAGAAACCAACUGAGAAGGAGCUGAAAACAUGGGCCAACCUCCUCCGGUCUGAUGCAUCUGCUUUAGAGAAAUAUCUAAAGCUGGAUGAGAAGUUGGUGGUGGACAAGAAGCAAAGUGAGUUCAACAUGAAAAAGAUGAUCAAGCUGUUUCACAUUAAAGAGCCAGCUCAGCACGUUAUGGCCGUGCUGGGACGGAAGUAUCCUUCAGACCUGAAGACGUUCAACCGCAGUGGGUUGACGGGUGCUUGGGAGCGUGAGAGGGCGGGACAAAGGAUGAAGCUCAAGGAGGCAGAGACAUGGGAGCGUCUGCUCAGUCUGCAGGGCAACAAUGCCACUACGUGGGAGAAACUCAUUGACAACAAGUCUCUUCCUUUCAUGGCCAUGCUGAGGAACCUGAGGAACAUGAUCAGUAAAGGUAUCAGUCAGACACAUCACCAGAAGGUCCUUAGCAGGCUUACCAAUAAGAAAGCGGUCCUUCAGAGCCGACAGUUUCCUUUCAGGUUCCUGUCUGCCUACAAAGUCAUCAUGGAGCUUCGUCAAAUGGCGUCAUCAAAACAUUUCUCCACCAAAAAAAACGAAAUCUUGAAGGAGAUCCUCAAGAAGCUCCCCAAGAGCAAACGCUUCCAACGCCUGGACUGGGAAACGGCCAACAGGAAGCGGCUGAAGGUGACGCUUGGAGUGCCGUUUAUCUACCGUAUAUACCGCAUGAAGAAGGAUCAGCUCCUCAAGGCAAAUCAGAAGCAGUACACUGUUGACUUGUUGGACCGUUAUCGGGAAGCUCUGGAGGAGGCGAUGCAGAUUUCUUGCCGCUACAACAUCCCCCCCCUGCCAGGACGCACGGUCAUUUUGCUCAAUGUCAACUUUAAUGACAAUUAUUCCUGGAGCCAAAAACUGGACUUCUGCCUUCCUCCUAACUCGAACAAAGACAACGAGGAGGAAGAGCAGGACCAAGAGGACGACGAGGACGACGAGGAGCAGGACCAAGAGGACGACGAGGAGCAGGACCAAGAGGACGACGAGGAGCAGGACCAAGAAGACGAGGAGCAAGACAAAGAGGACGACCAAGAGGAUGACGAGGAGCAGGACAAAGAGGAGAAAGAUGAAGGCGAAAGGAAGAAGAAGACAAAAGCUAAAGAGGACAAGCUCUCCCCUUCGAUGAUGGAGGUGGCCGCCUUGCUCGCUCUGAUGACGGCCAGCAGCUGCGAAGACGUGCACAUUUUUUUGCUGGACUGGAAUCACUGCGACCACGUCCAGCUGACGUCUGAUGUGCUGUUAGAAAAUGUCAGGAGUGUGAUGCAGCAAAUCAAGACGUUCAGAGACGAGACAGACAAGAGGCCUGAGUUCAGCCAUUACUUCCCCAAGUUCCUCAAGAAAAACAAGGUGGACACCAUCAUUUCUCUGACAGAGAGUUGGACUAACAGUGAGGUGGAGUGGGCUAUAAACAGCCACAAGAAGGAAACCAGCAACAAUGUUCUCUUUAUUGAGAUCACCAUGUUAGAACGGGACAACCAGUGCAUCACAUCCAACAGGAACCAUGUGAAGCUGGCAGGCUUCAGCGAACAAAUGCUGAGGUUUGUGACUGAGCGAGGGUCAUCAAGGCUGCUAGACCGCGUGGAGCACUUGGACAAAGUGUAUGACAUCCCACCACCACAGGGAGCUAAAGACCCUGAACCUACAUGCAGCGUCAUGUCACUUCCUACUAUGCCUAAGCUGAAGUGGCGAAGCGUGCGAGUCUUCAUCUCCUCCACCUUCCGAGACAUGCACGCCGAGCGCGACAUCUUGGUACGUAGCGUUUUCCCGGAGCUCCGGCGCCGUGCUGCGGCACACCGCCUCCAUCUGCAGGAGGUGGAACUGCGUUGGGGUGUGACUGAGGAGGAGACGGGCCGGGCCACCGAGCUGUGCCUGGCGGAGGUGUGUCGCAGCCAGAUGCUAGUAGGGAUUCUUGGCGAGAGGUAUGGCGUUGUACUGCCCAGACCUGUUCUACCUGAUCUUCCGCAGUACAGAUGGCUGGCAGAAGCCCCCGAUGGUCUUUCAGUCACAGAAAUGGAGAUGCGUCAGUUUCAGGCCCUUAAUAGCGAGACUGCAAAAAAGCAAAUGUUUUGCUACUUCAGGGAUCCAAACGCCACAAAAUCGGUACCUGUGGCUUGGAAGUCUCACUUUUCCUCCGAGUCAAAGGAAGCUGAGUCCAAAUUGGCGUCUUUGAAGCAAUGGCUCCAGGAUGCGGAGGUGAAGGUCACCAAGAAUUACCAGUGUGAGUGGGGUGGCGUUGUAGAAGGGAAGCCGUGUUUAAAGAACCUGGAGUAUUUUGCCAAAGCAGUACUGGAGGACCUCUGGGCGGCUCUUGUGAAACAGUUUGUUGAGGAGGACGAAGAAGUCGAUGUAGCGUCUGAGGUGUACGAGCAGGAGGUCCAUCAGGGGGCGCUGCAGAGGCAGUUUCUCAGCAGGACCAAGCUGCUGUCGGCCGCUGUGGAGAUGGUGGAGCAGGUCACAGUAAAAGGCGGGCUGAUGGUGGUGGAGGGAAGGCCUGGACAGGGGAAAACAGUUUUCAUGGCUGCUCUAGCAAAGAGCCUCAGAACUGGAGCUACAUCCAAGAAAAACAUCACGUGUGAUGUCAUCUCAUACUCUACAGCUGCCAGUCCCUCACAUCGCUCCGUGGACAACCUCCUGAGGUGUCUCGUCCGCUGGUUGAGGACGCCAAAAGAGGAGGAAUCAACCUUGCCUCUUUCUUACAAGGAUUUAGUGUUGGAAUUUCACACCACCCUGAAGGACAUGAAGAGGAGCAAACCUCUUGUGUUGCUUGUGGACGGUGUGGAUCAGCUCAGCUCUGAUUGGAUACCACAGCACCUUCCACACGGUGUUUGUUUGGUCCUGAGUGCCACAUCCAACUCAGCUCUGUUACAAGUUGUGGCAAAGAAGACAUCCACUUUACUCUUCAGCUUGACCCCGCUCACCAUGACGGAGCGAAGGGAAAUCAUCCAGAGAGGACUUGAGGCCUUCGGGAAGAAACUAAGUGACUCUGCCUUCAACAACCAGCUGCAGACGUUGUUAAUGAAGAAAGGUGCAGAAAGUCCUCUCUAUCUGUACAUGGCCUGUGAAGACUUGAGAAACUUUUCCUCUUUUGACAAGCUAAAGGAGAGCCUGCAGGAUUUGCCUCAGUCUCUAAACCAAUUGAUCCAGUACAGCCUGGAGAGACUCUGCUCACACUACAGAGACAUGCUAGGACUUCGCUGGGCUCUGGCAGCGCUUACAGUCAGUGCCAUGGACCUGAGGGAGCGAGACUUCUACUUGCUACUGAGCACGUGCAAUGACCUAUGCUCGCUCAAAGAACAGUGCACAUGGCAGGAAGUUCUGCGUCUGUGCAGGAUGCCCAAAGGACGCAUUCCCAUGGCCACCUUUACCCGCAUUGUGCAGAGCUUGCGAAGCCUGAUGAGUCCGUCUAACUGCCGCAACACUGACGACCUGCUGUCUUCGUCCAACCUGCUCGUGAAGCAAGCCUUCAAAGACUUCCUCCUGCCAACAGAAGACGACACAAGAAGAGCUCAUCUCAUGUUGGCAGGUCACCUUUGGGUGCUGGCCGACACUCAGGGCACUGACACCUUUCUUCACUGUGAGGUUGACGCGAUUCAGCACUUGUCUGCUAGUCUGAUACAAAGUGGCAAGCAGGAAGCACUCCGAUCCCUCCUCUCCAACUAUUAUUUCCUAUACGCUAAUGUACGCCACAACCUGCUGCACCACCUACUGGACAUUUACAACAUGCUUGGUGACUUGCCGGACGCUUUGAAGGACUGUCAAGAUUUCCUGCAGCGCCACGCGACCGUGCUCUCCUCCUGGCCGGCGCUCUUCAUCCAGCAGGCCCUCAACGAGCCCUCAAAUGCCCCCGCCCAUGCCUGGGCCCGAGCCCUCAUGGGCAGUGGGACCGUGCGAGCAGUGGAGUGGCUCAACAACCACCAUUCAUUUAAGGAGAGCAGUCAGCUGAUGUCCACCUUCACGUCGAAGCCCACCUGCUUGGCGAUGAGCUCCGAUGGGGAGAUGGUGGUUGGUACUGGACAGGGAACUCUGCAUUUCAUCAACACAAACACGGGACAGGAAGUGAAGUCAUUAGUUAGCAGCUGCGACGGAAUCUCCACCUGCGUCCUCCUGAAGGACCGGCGUCUUGCUACAACCUCGUUCGAUGGCCAAAUCGAGAUCUGGGACUCUGAGAGUGGAUUCCGGACGGCACUUAUAAAGGGCCACACUAAUGUGAUCACAGCCAGUGACAUAACCUCUGAUAAAAAGCACCUCGCCACGGCAUCCCUGGACUUGACGCUGAAGGUGUGGUCUUCAACAAAGGGCCACGAGGUGGCAGCUCUUCCCAGCAGCAGCCCUUUAAACUGUGUGACCUUUGACCCAGAGGACCGCUUGCUUGCUGCCGGCCGGUGGGACGGGAAAGUCGUCGUAUGGAACUGGCUUCAGGAUGCAACCCAAACGUUGCUGAGUGGCCACCGACACUCUGUGCGCAGCCUCUCCUUUACGCCGUCCUAUGGCAUGCUGUGCUCCGGUUCAGUGUCUGGAGAGGUGCGCGUGUGGUCAGUGGACCCCUUCUGCUGUGUGGGACGCUUCCAGGCUCAUGCCGGCACCGUGGACGCCCUCACCUUUCUGGAUGAGGGCCGUUUUCUGCUGACCGCCGGCUCUGAUUACAAGCUGCAGCUGUGGUCUGGUGGACUUGGACGCUCAGUGGCUGUUUUAAAAAAGGAUCAAUGUGAGCAGGAGCCUCCUUACAAGAAAGUCAAGUGCGGCACCUCCUCGGUGCCCGGCGCUCUGUGCGCGGCAGUCAAAGGGGACUACGUCGCAGUGGGCUACCAUAAUGGAGGAUUGAAACUCUUCUGCAUCAGCUCAGGUGAGAGGAUCUGGGCCAUCGAUCUUGUGCACUUGUCCGUCCCGUGUCUGCUGUGGUUGAACCCCGAGCUGCUGCUGUCCACUGGCUAUGACAAGCGUUUGCGAUUGUGGAAAAAAACAUUUGGAAAGGAUGGGGAGCUGACCGGCAUGGAGAUGACAGGAAUGUUUGCCGCGCAAUUGGGCAUCGUCCAGGCUGUAGCGCAAAGCUCCACUUACCUGGCGACCGCUUCGGAUGACUGCACAGUUUUCCUGUGGCUGCUGAGCGAGCUAACAGACAACCCCGAGUCUGAUAUAAACCCGGCUGCCAUACUCAAGGGCCACAGCAAGGGUGUCACCUGUUUGGCCUUCAGCCCUGAUGGUGGACGGCUGCUCUCUGGUGGAAAAGACAAAGGUCUGGUCGUGUCGGACAUGACCUCGGAUCCUCCUGUUGUUUCCAAAGUGCUCCCCGCCUUCCAUCGAGACUGGAUCACUGGCUGUGCUUGGACUCCAGACUGUGUGAUAAGCGCUUCCGCUGAUUGCAGACUUUGUUUAUGGGAUGUUGAAACCGGUCGUAGUCUUCAAGAAAUCACUUGGAAGAGUCCGUUUACUUCUGUCUGCUGUCAGGGGCCGUAUGUGGCGGCCGGCUGCGCAGACGGCAGCCUGCACGUGUGGAAGUGGGAGACAAGCGUGGAAGUCUGUCACAUUCCGGCCCACAAUGGACUCAUUCACAGCUGCUCUGUCGUGACUAACACAGACAAAAACAAAGAAAUGGAUGCAGAAGACCUCACCAUUCUUACUACAGCCCAGGAUGGAACUGCAAAUUUCUGGAAACCGUUACAGAUGGAACACAUCAGCACCUUCCAGGGUCACAGCGGUGCGGUUUGCAGCAUCGUUCGGGAGGAGAGCACACCACAAUUCCUCACCGUUUCUGAGGAUCGCUCCUUGCGAAGCUGGACGUGGGAAACCGAGCAUCAGCCCAGCUUACGAGGCACGGUCACCGCUCUGUGCUUCUCCCAGUCGGACCACGUGCUGCUUGUCGGCUACGAGUCGGGCCUGCUGGAGUUGUGGCAGGACGUGCAAGUGGUCGGACACAAGCAGGCUUCAGACUCGGGCGUGACAGCCAUCUGCUCCAUGCCUAAUGGCUGCUUUGCUGUUGGCUACAUCGGCUCAUGUGUGGACGUGUGGAAGGUGCUGUGGAAUCAAAAGCACAGCGCUGGCAGUCUGGUCAAGAUGUCCUCCUACACGGUGACCGAGCAAGUAGUUCGCCUAGGGUACUGCUCCGUUAUCAUGGCCCUGUCCAGCACCGGCUUGCUAUUUGAUGUCACCUGUGAUGAAGAUUCAAAGUGGCAAAAGACAAUCCACAGCUGGAACCAGAGAGUGGGAGUUCUGGGAAUAAUCCAAAAUGACGAAAAAAGCAUGUGGCUGGUAGGCGAGGCAGACGGAGAGAUCAACAUCGGCUUCAUCUUCGCCAUGGGCCCAGAGAAUGACUUCAGUUCAUGUUUCAGCAACAUGUCCCUGAAGAACAACAAGGAGGCAGAGAAGGAGGAAGGAGGCUUGAUAACAGCCGUCACUAUGGAAAAUGAAUUUGUGGUGUGUGGAGACGUCCAGGGGAACAUGUGGUUCAACCAGCCACCAGAAGUGUCGUCAUGGAGCAGCAGGAAGCCUGCCCACCAUGACAAGAUCAGCGUGCUGAGACUCAGCAGCCACGUUAUCAUCUCCGCCUCCAUGGACAGAACGGUGAAGCUGUGGGACAGGAGCACUAAGAAACAAGUGGGAAUGUUUGUGUGUGGCGGUCCGGUGCUCAUGCUGGAGGUGGACCCAGAAAAGCCCUCAGAGCUGGUCUGCGGCGACGGACUGGGGAAGCUUUACUUCCUCUCCUGGAGGCAAUAAUCCUCAACAAAUGCUCAUUACUCUAAUCAAAGCUUAACGGCAACAUCCCCAAAGACUAUUAAUGUGUAAUAUUAAUCAAAGACAUGUGGUACGCUAGGUGUAAAGGGAGCUCCAUGCUGUUGAGCUUACAUGUGCCUUUAGUUUACAAAGCAAGUAUAUGCACUUUUUAUCAGUUUGCUCUUUUUUUGUGGGCUGAAUUUUUUUUUACUGUACUUGAUUAAAAAUGACUAAGAUGUGGGUUAUAUAAAAACUUUCUUCUGUUCACAAUUAAGCUUUUCUUGGAUAAUAAAUGUAUGUUUAA